AAGUGUCCGUUUUCAUCAUGAAACUGCAGUUGCAGUGCAAUGGAUGAGCAAUUCUAAAUCACUAACACAAUACGAUUAUUCAACGAUUGAUACAGUAGUUUUAAUCCAACCAGUGUGUCCAAUUAGUAGCCCCCACGCAAUUCAAGAAAAUCCAAUGAAAAAUAACAGAAUAAGGGACAAAUUGUUGUGCGUCAUGGAAUGAUAUAUCUCGCGGUAUUAUCGCGGUGACAUCGUCAUCGAGGGGAUUACACGUUCAUCAUUAGUGGCAAAGAGUCAGUGUACAUCAAAUCUAAAAUUACGUGUAUUGUAUCGUAACUGGAGAAGAUCAAAUAUUACGAACUAAUUUUGACAGCGAAUGGCAAAUUAUUGGAGUGGGGGAAAAGAGUGUUCCGCCAUAUUUAGCAAACUUGUGACUUUUCGGAGGAAGUUGAAGUAGCCCUGAUAUUAGUCAGAUAACCCAACUUCCAGUAAUUCAUCCCUUGGGGACAUUGAUAAGCUAGAAAGGGGUCUUGAAUUGCCAAUGGUAGAUUGUUCGAUGAUGAAUUCCAAGCUUUAUCAAUAGUGAAUGUGAGAAUUUUUUUUUUCAACUGUCAAUUUUUUUAAUUCAACCGGGCGUCCUCCGAGUGUUGAUUUUUUUUUUAUUGGAUUGUUCUUAUCAUAGACUGGAAAAAUGAGUUUCUUCGGCUUUGGACAAUCUGCUGGACUGGAAAUCAUUCUUAACGGAGCUGAUACGAGAAAAACUGCUGAAAUUAAGACCGAAGAUGGCAAGAAGGAGCGACACUUGUUGUAUUAUGACGGCGAAACCGUAUCCGGAAAGGUAAUUGUCAGUCUGCGCAAAGCUGGAAAGUUAGAGCACCAGGGUGUAAAGGUUGAAUUCAUUGGGCAGAUCGAACUAUAUUACGAUCGUGGAAAUCAUCAUGAAUUUACCAGCCUCGUGAAGGAAUUAGCAAGGCCUGGUGAAUUAACGCAUAACACGGAAUAUACAUUCGAAUUUGCUAACGUUGAAAAGCCUUUCGAGAGCUACACAGGUUCGAAUGUUCGCCUGAGAUAUUUCCUAAGGGUCACCAUCGUUCGGAGAUUGAGCGAUCUCGUGAAAGAGUUGGAACUCGUCGUUCAUACUCUGAGUUCUUAUCCAGACAUGAAUAAUCCGAUUAAAAUGGAAGUUGGAAUUGAAGAUUGUUUACAUAUUGAGUUCGAGUAUAAUAAGAGCAAGUAUCACUUGAAAGAUGUUAUUGUUGGAAAAAUCUACUUUCUUCUAGUCAGAAUAAAAAUUAAACACAUGGAAAUCGCCAUCAUAAAACGAGAAACAACUGGGUCUGGUCCACACACAUUCACUGAGAAUGAGACAAUAGCGAAGUAUGAGAUUAUGGAUGGCGCACCGGUCAGGGGUGAAUCAAUUCCAAUAAGAGUGUUUUUAGCUGGUUAUGAUCUUGCGCCAACGAUGCGAGACAUCAAUAAAAAGUUCAGCGUUCGAUACUAUUUAAAUCUUGUUCUAAUGGAUGAGGAAGAUCGUCGUUAUUUCAAACAACAAGAAAUAACGUUAUGGAGAAAAGGUGAAAAGAGUAGAAGAUCCCAGACAGCAUCACCCCACCUGCCGUCUCACCUUGUCUCCGCUGAGACCGGCUUCCCUCAGGGUGCAGCAAUGAACGGUCCACCGUCCCUUCCUCCAAGCAACCACUCGGAAGACUCUGAAGACAGAGAUAAUCCAGUAACUGACGAAACAUCACCUCCCAUCGAGGGGAUGACACGUGAAGAAGGUGAUGGUGAGGGUGAAAAAGAGGAGGUCAGCCCUGAGCGUCAGUGAGCCCAAUAUAUUUUCACGUGAAUCGUCACAUUCGAUCAAAACAAUAGCGGAAAUGAAGAAAAAAUUUAAAAAUUAACGGCAGAUGGAAAAUUGAAUCCUGUAAAUAUUAACGUUAUAGUCAUUAAGUAAUUGAAAACCUAACUAAUCAAUGCAGAAAAAUGAUGAACAAUAUCAUUUUAUUAAAUCAUGGCACCUAAUGAUUGAUAAUGAAGUCAAUCGACAGAUAUCUCGGUGUAAAAAAAGAGAUAAAUUUUGGUGUAGAUGUUUCGGAUAAUUGGAGAAGUUGAUGGCCGAUUGGAAAUUAUACUGUUUUGUAAUUUAAUAAAUAAUGUACAUAUGUAUAUAUAUACAGAUAUAUAUACAGUAAUUACCCGGAUUCAAAGCGUCCUUCAUUCAAUGUGUGUCAAAACAAAAAUUGACAAUGGAGAAACAACAGUAGAUUGCCUGGAAAGGCAUAACAGCGAAUAAUGAAUACGCAUUGGGCUUUGCAUUCGGAUAAAUACAGUGUACAUGGUGUCUAUUUUCUAAUGCUCAGUUAUCAUCGUAACGUGCAGUGCCAUUUGGCGAGAGAACUGAACUUUGUCCCUUAUGCCAACAUCCUUUCGCAUUCACUGAAAUGUAGCCUAGGGAUACUAUCAUCGUUGGUAAUGUUAAAAUAACCGAAAAUAAAAUUAUUACACGUAAAUCGACAAAAAAUCGGUACUAGCUUCAUUCAUCAGAAAAUACAAAUUUCAAAUGGAAAAUUAUUUCACGAUGAAUUUAAUAAAGAAAAGUAAAAAAUUCUUUAUUUCACAUACUAACAUCAGUUUUGUUUACAUAUCUUGGUUUAAAUCUGGAGAAUGACAAAAUAAUCUCUAGAACAAAGCAGUUUUGUGAAAAUUUAUUCAUCGUCUUUCUAUUCAAAACCUGUCGGAAACAAUAAAUAUUUAGGCUCUUUGGUCUCAAUACAAAAAUUCAUAUCUGAAUAGGACGACCAGGGCGACGUAAUUAUGUCGAACAAACCAAUAGGUAUCUGCCCAUUAAGGUAAACCAUGGCAUCUCUGAGAGUUUCUGAAUAACUUAACUGUGGGAAAACUGGAACUGGAAAAUGAAGUACAGUGUAUCAUUUAUUACUAGUGUACUUUCUCGUCAACCCGGUGAUGUAAUAUUCAUUUAUUAGUAUGUUUAAUUUCGGCUGGAACGUGAAGAAGUCUAUAGGAAAUGAGUAUUAUCGUCAGCGAGUUGAACUAAAUAAAUUUAGAUAGGAAACAAGAACCAUUUAGAAAUUACGGGAAAUUAUUCUCUGGUUUUUGUUAAAAUGUAAUUGUUAUUUAACUUCAUUGAGUUAAUUUUUUAUUUUCACUUUUAUUUCACUCCAUCUUCUCCACAAUUUAUUAAAUGAUUUUAUGCAAUCUAUCAUUAUUCUAUUAUCAUUGCAGUUAUUAAAAAUUGAUUAUAUAAUCAUUAGUUAUGUUUACUUUAUUAUGACAUUCAGAGUAUUUAUCAUUGAUUGAAUGACGAGUGUCAUCGCGCAAAUGAUAAAACAAAUUUGAUAACUACCUAAUAAAGUUUGUUACUUUACAUGUCAAAUAUUGUAUAUAUAUAUAUAUACAUAUAUUCUAUGCGAUAUGCAAUUUGUUGUAUAUUUUAGUGUCUUAAUAAUUGAAUUACAAAUAUAUACGCGCUUGACGAUUUAUAAUAA